CUCAAGCUUUAGUCCUUCACAACCUUUUGAUGCUUCGGUAGAUUAUUUAAUCAUUGGUGGUGGUGUUGUUGGAUUGGCUGUUGCAGAACGAUUAUCAAAAAGAAAAGGAAAGUCUACCUUAUUGGUUGAAAAGAAUUUUAGUGUUAAUGAAGAAACAAG